GUCAGGAUGCCUGAACCCGCCAAGUCUGCGCCCAAGAAGGGCUCCAAGAAAGCCGUGAGCAAGACCGCCGGCAAAGGAGGCAAGAAGAGGAAGAGGACCAGGAAGGAGAGCUACGCUAUUUACGUGUACAAGGUGCUGAAGCAAGUCCACCCCGACACCGGCAUCUCGUCCAAGGCCAUGAGCAUCAUGAACUCGUUCGUCAACGACAUCUUCGAGCGCAUCGCCUCGGAGGCGUCUCGUCUGGCUCACUACAACAAGCGCUCUACCAUCACCUCCAGAGAGAUCCAGACCGCCGUGCGUCUCCUGCUGCCCGGCGAGCUGGCCAAGCACGCCGUGUCCGAGGGCACCAAGGCCGUCACCAAGUACACCAGCUCCAAGUAAAGCGCUCUGCUGCUGCAGUCGAAACCUAAAGGCUCUUUUAAGAGCCACCCACUUCUCUAAAGAUCACGUCGCAUUUAUAUCUCAAAUGUUUGAUUUGGUACAACUAUAGUCAUGGAUGAAUCACAACAUUGCGUAACGUUUGAAAAUAUUCAUGUAUAGAGCGAAUGGCAGAUAUUUUAAGUGCUGACAUGACUAUAGUAGUUCCCACACUGAG